GCGCUCGGGCGCCAUGUUAGGACGAAGGGGAAGGAGGAGAAGCGCUUAAAGCGGCGGGAGCGGGUGCGGGAGUGGGGUUGGACCCAGGGCUGAGGCAGGCCCCCCCCUCCCUCCCGCCUCAGUGGAUCAUGCCCAGGGCGGCAGCGGCGGCGGUUGCGGGGGGGAAGUGACUGGGCGGUGCCGGCGCAGGAGACGAUGCCGUUUCCAGUUACAACACAGGGAUCACAACAAACACAGCCGCCACAGAAGCACUAUGGCAUUACUUCUCCUAUCAGCUUAGCAGCCCCCAAGGAGACUGACUGCAUACUUACACAGAAACUAAUCGAGACUUUGAAACCCUUUGGGGUUUUUGAAGAGGAAGAGGAGCUGCAGCGCAGGAUUUUAAUUUUGGGAAAAUUAAAUAACUUGGUGAAAGAGUGGAUACGAGAAAUCAGUGAAAGCAAGAAUCUUCCACAAUCUGUAAUUGAAAAUGUUGGAGGAAAAAUUUUUACGUUUGGAUCUUACAGAUUAGGAGUACAUACAAAAGGUGCCGACAUUGAUGCGUUGUGUGUUGCACCAAGACACGUUGAUCGAAGUGACUUUUUCACCUCGUUCUAUGAUAAAUUGAAAUUACAAGAAGAAGUUAAAGAUUUAAGAGCUGUUGAAGAGGCGUUUGUACCAGUUAUCAAACUCUGUUUUGAUGGGAUAGAGAUUGAUAUUUUGUUUGCAAGAUUAGCACUGCAGACUAUUCCAGAAGAUUUGGACCUACGAGAUGACAGUCUGCUUAAAAAUUUAGAUAUAAGAUGCAUAAGAAGUCUUAAUGGUUGCAGGGUAACCGAUGAAAUUUUACACCUAGUACCAAACAUUGACAACUUCAGGUUAACUCUGAGAGCUAUCAAACUGUGGGCCAAACGCCACAACAUCUAUUCCAAUAUAUUAGGUUUCCUCGGUGGUGUUUCCUGGGCUAUGCUAGUAGCAAGAACUUGCCAGCUUUAUCCAAAUGCAAUAGCAUCAACUCUUGUACAUAAAUUUUUCUUGGUAUUUUCUAAAUGGGAAUGGCCAAAUCCAGUGCUAUUGAAACAGCCUGAAGAAUGCAAUCUUAAUUUGCCUGUAUGGGACCCAAGGGUAAACCCCAGUGAUAGGUACCAUCUUAUGCCUAUAAUUACACCAGCAUACCCACAGCAGAACUCCACGUACAAUGUGUCCGUUUCAACACGGAUGGUCAUGGUUGAGGAGUUUAAACAAGGUCUUGCUAUCACAGAUGAAAUUUUGCUGAGUAAGGCAGAGUGGUCCAAACUUUUUGAAGCUCCAAACUUCUUUCAAAAGUACAAGCAUUAUAUUGUACUUCUAGCAAGUGCACCAACGGAAAAACAACGCCUAGAAUGGGUGGGCUUGGUGGAAUCAAAAAUUCGAAUCUUGGUUGGAAGUUUGGAGAAGAAUGAAUUUAUUACACUGGCUCAUGUGAAUCCCCAGUCAUUUCCAGCACCCAAAGAAAAUCCUGACAAGGAAGAAUUUCGCACAAUGUGGGUGAUUGGGUUAGUGUUUAAAAAAACAGAAAACUCUGAAAAUCUCAGUGUUGAUCUUACCUAUGACAUUCAGUCUUUCACCGAUACAGUUUAUAGGCAAGCAAUAAACAGCAAGAUGUUUGAGGUGGAUAUGAAAAUUGCUGCAAUGCAUGUAAAAAGAAAGCAACUCCAUCAACUACUACCUAAUCAUGUGCUUCAGAAAAAGAAAAAGCAUUCAACAGAAGGUGUCAAAUUAUCAGCUCUGAAUGACAGCAGCCUUGACUUGUCUAUGGACAGUGAUAACAGCAUGUCUGUGCCUUCACCUACUAGUGCUAUGAAGACCAGUCCAUUGAACAGUUCUGGCAGCUCUCAGGGAAACAGUCCUGCUCCAGCUGUGACAGCAGCAUCUGUGACCAACAUACAGGCUACUGAAGUUUCUACGCCACAAGUAAAUUCCAGUGAAAGCUCAGGGGGUACAUCAAGUGAAAGCAUUCCUCAAACUGCCACACAACCAGCCAUUUCUCCACCACCAAAGCCUACGGUCUCCAGAGUUGUUUCCUCAACACGUCUGGUAAACCCACCACCUAGACCUUCAGGAAAUGCAACAACAAAAAUACCUAACCCUAUAGUAGGAGUCAAGAGGACAUCGUCACCUCAUAAAGAAGAGAGUCCCAAGAAAACCAAAACAGAAGAGGAACAACUUGAUACAGAGACAAGUACAACUCAAUCAGAAACUAUUCAGACAGCGUCUUCUCUGUUGGCCUCUCAGAAAACAUCAAGUACAGACCUUUCUGAUAUCCCACUUGCAAGUCCUGUUCCUGUUAUCAAGAAUUCAAUAAAACUGAGAUUGAAUCGGUAAAAACAACCUCAGGGGUCCAUAAACAAUAUCUGCCAACUCAACCUGUUGUCUUCAAAUGCUAAAAAAGGAGCAUGGAGGGUACAAGACUAGACAUGACUGAAAAUGGAUUUAGGUUUUUUGGGUGAACUCCCUUACUGGGCUAAUCAGCACUUGAUCCGAAGUCCAGGUUAGUAUGUGAAGCCAGGAGUACUAUUAUUAUUGUGUUAGCAACAGUUGCAUUAACUAUUUCCAAAAAAAUUACUGCCUUUAAAUAAGAAAAGAAAAAAAAAGAAGAAGAAAACAAAAAACAAACAAAAAAAAACACCUCAAGCUAUAUUUGUAUUCAUAAUUGACAUCUGGAUUGGGUUUAUGUUUGAUGCAUUGUUUGGAAAUUUUGCAAUACAAACUGGCAUAAUUCCUUAUUCUGAUGAUGCACUUUUAUGUAUUUUUUAUUAGAAAGUAGAACUAAUUUUAGAUUUUUCAGCUUGAUGGAUUUUCGUUUUUUCCUGAAGAAUUUCCUUUAACAUUUAUCUUCACAUUGGAUACCAUUGUGCAGUGGUGUAUCAUCAUACUUCAGAGAAAGAACAGGAGGACAUCCAGUUCAGUCCCUGUGAGGUAGCUGUGACCYUAACAAUGAAAUGUCAACUCUAGGGCAUACAUUUGACAUUGAAAGAAUAAUGAGGAAAUACUUGGUUUUGAUGGGGUUAUGAUUAAGAAAUGAUAUAUUGGUUUUAUUUAUAGAAUUGUUUUAUAGUGCAUACAAAUCAGCGAUCAGCCAAUAAAUACAUUUCUUUGAGCUUACUCUGAAGCUCUGUAUUCUUUUGCCUUCAAUCUGUUGUCUUCAAAACAAAUUUAAAAAGCUUUUUAAGCCUUCCCUCUUUUCUAUUUUUCCUUUUGCUUGUAUGCACAAAGUAGGGCUUAAUUCACAAAAACCAAAAUGCCAGUAUUUUCUUAAGCCAUGACGUGAAACCAGUGACCCUGUGGCUACAUGGCACAGAACACUAAAUUUUGGUCCCAUGGCUAAAACUUUAGGUUGACUAAAAGUAACGCCUGUGAAACAUGAUAUCUAUCUUGGAUGGCUGUUCGAUCUCUAAGAGGAAUUUUGUACACUCCACAGAACUCUCCUGUUCCUGUCUAUAGUAAAUUGAUUUUCAAUUUUAAACAUGUGGACAAAAAGGCAUUUUCUUCAAGAUUUUUAACUGAUUAUUUUUAACUGGUUUAUCAAAAUUUAUCAGUAAAUUUUACAUACAGAAACAUUUUGAAAAUCAUUUCUAGCAAGCACUUGACAUCUAGUCAGUCAGCCCUGUACUCCUUUUUUAUUUUGAUUUAUUCUAUCAAAAGAUUAGAAAUUUCCUUUAAAGAAUAGUUUCUCAUAAUUGAGCAGCAGAACAUCCAUCUUUAUGAAGAAUGAGGGAUGCCGGAUGUUGAUAAGCUUCUGAUUUCUUAUCUGGACAGAGCAGUCUAACAGAUAUUUCUGAUGAGCAUGUUUCAUGAAUCCUCCGUCGUGCUCCAUCUUAUCACAUGUGCAUUUUUCAUGUUAAAUCGCAAUUACUUAAACUCUUCCCUUGUCCUUCUAAAUUAAUUUUCCAAAGUUGGAGUGUAGUCUUUGCCCUUAGGCUAUGCAUUAAUUGAGGCUUUCUUCUCACCAUGACUUUAUAAUGUCUAGUAGACAACAUUUCCACUUCCCACAUCUCUGUUCUGCACAGUCACCUGGCCCUUCCUCCCACCACCUAAGGGAAAAAGAUGGUCAACUAACAGGUGAAGUGUACAAGGUGUCUGUGUUUUGUGUAGCUUCAGAGUUAGAUUGAUAUUGCCAGGCACAGAUUUAGUCUUGUCAUUUUGUUUACACAUUGGGGGAAAAAAAUUCAGUUUAUUAAAUGUUUCAUGUAACUGCAUCCAAGUUUUGCCAGGCUGGAAACUUGGACCUUUUCUGUGUAGUGACUUUUUAAUUCUAGUUUUCAUAACCUGGAGAUCAGACUGUUGCUUUCGCAUGAUAUAUGUAGUGUCUCAUGACUGGAGUUUGCUUUGUUUUAUGGUAUCUAUACACCUUAUAUUUUUCAAGAGCUAUUUUGUAAACAGAUGAUGUAUUUCUCCAUUGAAAACACAAUAAAA